AUGGCCAAAAAAUAAAUCAAAAACAACAAAAAAUAAAAUACCAAAAAAUACUUAGAAGAAGACGAAAAAAUAGAAAAUUCAGAAUAAGAAGCCUCCUUCUAAUAAGAAUAUUCACAAGAAUACGAAAGUAAUUCCGACUUAGUAGAUUCUAUUCAUCAAAGUGAAUAAGAAUCCCAAGAAGACGAAUUAAAAUAAUACCGAGGAGUCUAAGGUACAAAAAAGGAUGAUUAUUAUAAAGAAUCAGACAUAACAGACUCCCAAGAUUCCGGCGAAGAAGCCGAAGCGGAAGAAUAAUAUAACGAGAAUUAGAAAAUGUUAGACGAGAGGGAUUUUAUAGAUGACGAUUUUGCAAAUAAAGAAGAUUUAAUAUAAGAAGAAGAAGAAAAUGAAGAAGAAUUUAAUUAAGAAAUGAAUGAGAAAUUAAAAGAGAAAAUAAUAAAAAAAAGUGAAAGUGAAAUUAUUAGUUUGGCAAAUGAAAUAAAUAUAAACACAGAAGAAUUAAUAUAAAAGCUUAUUCCGCUUUUAGAUAUUGAAAAAGCUAAAAAAAUAAUGAUUGGAAAAGGUAAAAAUUUCCUUGAAAUUAAAUUCGAAUUACUUUCUUGUUAUGUUUUGUGUUUAACUAGAAAGAGAAAAAAAAUAGACUCCAAUUCAAGAGUUAAACUUAGAAGGAAAUUUACUAAAUAAAUGGUCAAACAUAAUAGAAUGGGAGCUAAAGUUUACUAAAAGCAAAUCAAUUACGAUGGAGAAUUGGGUGUUAUAAAAUCUUCUUUAAUUAAAAGUGUUAAGUUAUCAUGA